CUCUGAACGGUCACUCUAAAUCUUGUUGCUCUGUUUACGUGUAGAAAAGUGCGAUUUUUUUGGAUUUAGUUUAGAUUCCUUUAAAAUUAAUUAAAUAUGACAAACUUACAACGCUGGCUGUUUUAUGCAUCUCUUUUUGCGGUUCCCUACCUAGCAAUUGUUUUGGGAACAGUGCAAACGCAAUUUACGACCAAGUAUUUCCUGCACAUUCAACUUCUGCCGCUCUUACUUCUCGUGAUUUUCGGCGUAUAUUCCGUCUGGACUGUUCUGUAUAGAACACUCACUUUCAACGAUUGUCCCGAAGCCGCCAAGGAACUUCAAGAUGAAAUUCUGGAGGCGCGCAAGGAUUUGAUAGCCAAGGGAUUUCGGUUUCGCGAAUAAGAAGCAGAAAUUUCGGCCUCCAAGGACUUGUGCAUGUUUAUCUGUAAUUCCAUUAUUUAUAAAAAUCACGCAAAUGUACCUGUGACCACUUUUUGUGUGGGAGGACUACUUGUAAGGGUUCAUUUCCCCAGGUGGGAAAAGUUGGAAAGCAAAAACCUGCCUAGGUUUUGUAUUUAAACAUAAGAAAGGUCAAAGGAAUGAGAGAAAAAUAAUAAAGGAAUCGCUUUCAAUGGCGAAUCGGACGACUA